ACAGAUAUGAAUAGCCAUUUAGCCAGUGAUUCUACAAACUUUAAAGAUAUGAUCAAAUCUGAUCUCCUUCCAUAAAUAGAAGGUGCUACUAUUCCUCCAAACAUGUAUAUCUUGCUAUUGCCUUGGCAGGGUGGAGGCAUAACUCAAAUUCAUUGUGAUGAUAGAUGCAUCAUCUUAGGUCUUGCAUGUGAUUAUGGGGGUGUGAGAUGUAGCCAAGGAUGACUUGCCGGAAGUGUCAUUUCUCUAUUAUCGGGAUGAGAUUAGAAAAGAAUCGUUUUUGAGUCAAGAUUAUAUGUUUUUAAAGAUGGUAACCUUAACGGUUGUUAGUUUGUGAUUCGGCAAGUUGUCAUUGGUUACAUUUCAACCUUGUAUUCACAUGUUAGAUUUCUGAUGUCUAUAUUUUAAAGAGUUUUGAUCUAUAAAUGAAUUACAAGUGGAGUCCAAUCGUGUGUGCAUUACAUUGCAGAUAGAUCGAUAAAGAAAAGAAAACGUUUGAUUAGAUCGAGUUAAGAAAGCUAAGGCGGCAAUUGAAGAUGAAGACAGGUAGCGCACUCGAAGCCGGAGAAGCAUCGAAGGUAGCAGCCGCAAGGGGAGGAGGAAUCCGAGGAAUCAAUGUCUUUGAUCUCAUUCUCCGCAUUGCUGCCAUCGUCGGAACCCUAGCCGCCGCUGCCGCCAUGGGAACAACCAACCAACAGCUCCCUUUUGUCACACAGUUCGUACGCUUUGAAGCUCAGUACGACGACAUUGAUGCUUUCAGGAUGUUCCUGAUUGUGAACGCAAUUGUUUGUGUAUACCUUGUAUUCUCCCUCCCGCUAUCCAUCAUCCACAUUAUGAGGAGAAGAGCUGCAAAGAGCAGAAUCGUGCUUAUAUUUUUGGACACGGUGAUGUUGGGGGCUCUGACCGGCGCGGCAUCCGCGGCGGCUGCGGUGGUUUACUUGGCACAUUAUGGGAAUUCAUCCACAAACUGGUUCUCAAUAUGCCAACAAUAUCCAGAUUUCUGCCAGAGCUCUUCCGGCUCCUUAAUUGGAUCCUUCGGCGCCGUCGUAGCUCUCCUUCUUCUUGUGCUUUUAUCAGCCAUAGCUCUAGCCAGGAGCCAUUAAUUAUUACUACUCCCAUCCAAAAAUGCCAAUC